ACCCGUAUGGCUCCUCCCCUCGUGGAGUCGUGCCCGGCGUGUCGGUGUGACUGUGACCUCAGAGCCCCAGAACGAGGUGCCGAUCGGUACGCAGGAGAGAAAGGGAAGGUUUCAUUGCGUCCGUAUUUCCCGGAGACACCCUCCCCAGGAGUAGGGUUGCUUUCUUGCUAAGUUGCUCCCCUUUUCCUCUAUGGACCUCGUCACAUCCAUCCAUAACAUGCGGGCUCUAUAACGGCAACGCGCAAUGCCUACUGGCACAAUCGCGUCGAGCAUGAAUUCUGUAAGCGCUCAUAGCUGUCAAUCAUAUACGCCCUUUGGACAUAAUCUACCCGAGCGGCGGCCGUUGGCCCGUUGGGCGUUGCUGACGGAAAGGCAAGCAUCUGAAAGCUGACUAUGACAUUUGUGACCAAACAC